AUGGAGGGCGCGGAGGACAAGGAGAAGAGUGAGUCGUGUCCGCCCUCAGAAGCUGCACGCGAAGAGGGCCGAGAGAGUGAAGCAGCUGCGGGCAGCAGCGGCGAGCGGGUGACGCACGAGGUGAAGGCGCCUGAGGCGAAGGCGCCCGAGGCGAAGGCGCCCGAGGCGCCGGAAGCGCCGGAAGCGGCCGGAAGCGCCGUGUCCGAUGCGCCGGUCCCGGAGCCGAAGAAGAAGGUCAAAAACUUCUUUAUGCGCGCCCAGGCGCCUGAGGCUCGCAAGCCCGCGGAAGCGCCGGCGAAGCCCAGCCCCCGUGCCGAGACUGAAGAGGUGAUCUCCAGCACGUGCCCCACGGACGGAUCAGCGGAGGCGGCUCCGGAGGCGGAGGACGUGGCCGAGAAGUCAGCGACGAAGCUUCCCGAGAGUGCGGAUCCGGAUGCUCCGGACGCUUCGGCGCAAGUCAAAGACAGGCCCGGGGAGAAAGAGAGGGUUCAUUUCUUCUUUCGGACUGGUGGAGUUAAAUGA